AUGGCUCCAUGGCUGAUGGGCGAGAAGUUCAACACGGUCUACCCGCACAAGGGGUCCAUCAAGGCCCUUUGGGAGACUAAGUGGAAGUUUGCGUGUGAGAAGUCAGUUUACCCGUUCCAUGACGGAUCGAUCGAGGACUUCGCACCCAUCUUCGAGACGUUGAUCAAGGAAAACAUCAACGACGCCUACGAAGACGCCUACACGCAGGCCUUCUUCCCCAUCGCCGAAUCCCUCGAGAAGCAAGCCAGCGAGGCGCUGAACAGCAGCAACACCCAAUUGGCCUCGGACCUCCUCCGCCGCGCCGCGGUGGUCUACCGGAUCUCGCGCUUCCCCUACGUCGACCCCAGCAAGGACGACAUCAAGAAGGAAGCCUUCGCCCGCCAGAAGCGCGUGUACCUGCAGGCGGCCUCCUUCUGGAGCCCCAAGAUCGAGGAGGUGAUCAUCCCGCACACCCGGCGAGCCGGCGGCGACGCGCCCACCGUCCCGCUCUUCGUGCGCACGCCCGAGCACGCCUCGGCCGCCAGCCCCGUCCCCGUCAUCCUGCUGAUGACCGGGCUGGACGGCUACCGGCCCGACAACAGCCAGCGCACCCACGAGAUCCUCAACCGCGGGUGGGCCGUCGUCAUCGCCGAGAUCCCCGGCACCGCCGACUCGCCCGCCGACCCCAGCGACCCCGCCGCCCCGGACCGCCUCUGGACCACCGUGCUGGACUACAUCGCCGGCCGGCCGGAGCUGGACCCCGCGCGCGUCGCCGCCUGGGGCCUCAGUGCCGGCGGCUUCUACGCCAUCCGCGCCGCGCACACCCACCGCGACCGCCUGCGCGGUUGCAUCGCCCACGGUCCCGGCUGCCAUUACUUCAUGGAUCAGGAGUGGUUGACCCGCGUCGAUGAUCAUGAGUAUCCUUUCCUAUUAACCCCCGCCUGGGCCAAGAAGUACGGCUACACCGACGUCGCCGACUUCCGCGCCAACGCCCAGAAGAAAUUCUCGCUCGUCGAGACCGGCAUCGUCGACCAGCCCAGCACCAGACUUCUUUUGUUGAAUGGCGUCGACGACGGUGUCACCCCCAUCGAAGACUGUCUUGUCCUCUUUAAUCACGGCUCUCCCAAGGAAGGACGGUUCUUCCCCGGGCUCCCGCACAUGGGGUAUCCGCAUAGUUUGCCGGUGUCGUAUAAGUGGUUGGAGGAGGUGUUGGAGUCGAAGCCUGCUAUGCUUAAGAAUUAA